CCUUUUUCAACAUGGCUGCUGUGUCUACUCUCUCAAGUAACGCUCAGAUUGGAGACUGACUCGAUUUCUACCUUCCAGUGCCUCUUUACUUUUGAUGCACAUCAACUUCGCUUGGAUGCAAAUCACGUUCUACACCUUGUUGUUUCCCCUGGUUUCAUUUAGUGGAAUAACCUUCACCAAUCACUCCCUCCACUGGGCCUUUUUUUACCCCCAAAACAACCAACUGCCAGCCAACAACAGUUUCCAGUGCAAUGGUUUGAGUAGGUGCACUCAGUUUUCCUCUUCAUAAACAAUGUGUGAAAACUGCGCCGAGCUGGUGGAGGUUUUAAAUGAAAUAUCGGAUGCAGACGGCAGUGAAGGAGGCUUUCAGCUGAAGAAGGAACAUGCCCUGCGGGUGCUGGGCUACAUCAGCUCCUGGACACAGAGACAAUGUCUCUGCUGUUUCAAGGAGUAUAAGCAUCUGGAGGUCUUUAAUCAGCUGGUCUACGCCCUCAUCAACCUGGUCAUCGCUCAGAUCAGCAGCCUAAGGGAUCGACUCUGCAGCGUCCAGGACCAUGCGCACAAAGGGGGCGUGUCCGGGGCAGAAGGGGCGGGGUGUGAAUGGAGCGGAGGGGAGUCGGCGCCCGGCGCCCUCCCUCAGCCAUCCUCGCCUGGGGAAGACGAACCUGUGAAUGUGGAAAGAGACUCUGCCGAAGAGGAUGCCGACACGCCUGACGUGAACCAGAAUAAGACGCAGAGCCAGGAUCAGGGAGCCAGCCUGCCGGUUGAAGCGCAGGUGGAAGCACUGGGACCUGGGGACGGUGGCAGCGGCUCUGGGGGCGGUGAUGGUGGUGCUGGAGGUAGCAGUGACGGUAACAGUGACAACCAGGAUCCCUUCAGCUCCUGGAACACAGAGGAGAGGGAGAAACUGCUGCUGUGUGCAGCCAAGAUCUUCCAGAUCCAGUUUCCUCUGUACACAGCCUACAAACACAACACACACCCCACCAUAGAGGACAUAUCUGCUCAUGAAAGCAACAUCCUCGGCUCCUUCUGUGACAUGAAUGAUGUGGAGGUGCCCCUGCAUCUGCUGCGCUACGUCUGUCUGUUCUGCGGGAAGCACGGCCUCUCCCUGAUGAAGGACUGCUUCGAGUCGGGCACUCCAGAGAGCCUCCCCUUCCCCAUCGCCCACGCCUUCAUCACCAUCGUCUCCAACAUCCGAAUAUGGUUGCACAUUCCCGCAGUCAUGCAGCACAUCAUACCGUUCCGCACCUACGUGAUACGGUAUCUGUGUAAGCUCUCAGACCAGGAGCUGCGGCAGAGCGCAGCACGCAACAUGGCCGACCUGAUGUGGAGCACGGUGAAGGAGCCGCUGGACAGCGCGCUGUGCUUCGACAAGGAGAGCCUGGACCUCGCCUUCAAAUACUUCAUGUCCCCCACUCUCACCAUGAGGUUGGCCGGACUCAGCCAAAUCACAAAUCAGCUCCACACCUUCAACGACGUCUGCAACAACGAGUCCCUGGUGUCCGAUACAGAAACGUCCAUAGCAAAGGAACUAGCUGACUGGCUGAUCCACAACAACGUGGUUGAACACAUAUUCGGACCGAAUUUGCACAUUGAGAUCAUUAAACAGUGCCAAGUGAUCUUGAACUUCUUGGCUGCAGAAGGCCGACUCAGCACGCAGCAUGUGGACUGUAUCUGGGCUGCAGCUCAGCUGAAACAUUGCAGCCGCUACAUCCACGACCUUUUCCCUUCGCUCAUUAAAAACCUGGACCCAGUGCCUCUCCGCCACGUCCUCAACCUGGUGUCAGGUCUGCAUCCCAGCGCCCACACCGAGCAGACACUGUACCUGGCCUCCAUGCUGAUCAAGGCUCUGUGGAAUAACGCCCUGGCAGCCAAGGCCCAGCUCUCCAAACAAAGCUCCUUCGCUUCUCUGCUGAACACCAACAUCCCAAUGGGAAACAAGAAAGGUUCGCCGGCCGCCAGUCCGGACAGCAGCGAUAACAGCGACACUCAGCACAGUGGAGGCAGCGACAUGGAGAUGGACGAUCAGAUGAUGACUGGCAGCAAGAGGAGCCAGCAGAGGCUGUCUGAUACAGAGGAGUCGAUGCAGGGCAGCUCAGAUGAGACGGCGAACAGCGUCGAGGAAGGCAGCAGUGGGCCGGGCAGCAGCAGUGGUCGGAGCGAGGCCUCCAGCAACGAGGCCGCCUCCAGCCGGGCCAGCCAAUCAGCCGGGAGCCCAGGCAGCGAAAUGCAUUCUGACGACAUGGCAGACAGCGAGGCCUUGAAGGAGGAGGAGGAGGACGAUGAAGAGGAAGACGACGAAGAGGAUGAUGACGACGACGACGAGGAUGAAGACGAGGGGAACCGGUCAGCGGCUGAUGGCGGUCAGCAGAAGGAGCCCCGGGAGCAAACUGAGUCCAGGAAGAGGAAAGCAGGGGAGGCUCUUGGUGAGGGACCGAGUCAGGGGGCGGGGCCCAGUGGCACAGGAGGAGCCAAACCCAAGGUUCUCCCCUUCAACCCAGAGACUUCUGGUGUCAUGGUCACUGCGGCGUCAGCAUCUUUAGAGGGUCGUAUGAGGAUGUUGGACGCGUGCUCUGCAUCGUCGUCUGCUCGGCCCGAGGGCACAGAGUCCCAACAACAGCCACCAGACAUCAGUCCAUCCCAGAUGGUCCAGGGGCCUCAGGAGCCUCCUUGUCUGCCACGGCCUGGGGACUUCCUUGGAGAGGCCAUGGGCAGCGAGCUCUUCAACUGCCGUCGUUUUAUCGGCCCCCAGCAUCACCACCAUCACCAUCAUCACCACCAUCAUCAUGAAGGUCCCAUGGUCGAGGACAUGCUGAGUGCUGAUGACGUCAGCUGCAGCAGCUCCCAGGUCAGCGCCAAGUCAGAGAAGAACAUGGCCGACUUUGACGGCGAGGAGUCGGGCUGCGAAGAGGAGCUGGUCCAGAUCAACUCCCACGCUGAACUCAGCUCCCACCUCCAGCAGCACCUCCCCAACUUGGCCUCCAUCUACCAUGAGCACCUGGUGCAAGGUCCAGCUGUUCAUAAACAUCAGUACUCCAGCAGCCACGCCGUCACCGACAUCAACCUGGAUAAUGUUUGUAAAAAGGGCAACACGCUGCUGUGGGACCUGGUGCAGGAUGAAGACGCGAUUCAUCUGUCUGAGGGUCUGAUCAAUGAGGCAGAGAAGCUGCUGUGUUCGCUGGUCUGCUGGUUCACCGACAGACAGAUCCGAAUGCGCUUCAUCGAGGGUUGCCUCGACAACCUGGCCCAUCAUCGGUCCGUUGUGGUUUCCUUGCGUCUACUACCCAAGCUUUUCGGCACUUUUCAGCAGUUUGGCUCCAGCUACGACACACAUUGGAUUACAAUGUGGGCCGAGAAGGAGCUGCACAUGAUGAAACUGUUCUUUGACAACCUGCAACACUACAUCCAAGAAGUGCGAGAACACCGGCACAAGUUUGCACUAUACAGCCACAGUGCAGAAGUCCAAGUCCGUCUGCAGUUCCUCACCUGCGUCUUUUCCACGCUGGGAUCUCCAGAUCACUUCAGACUGAGUCUGGAGCAGGUGGACAUCCUGUGGCACUGUCUGGUGGAGGACGCUGAAUGCUACGACGACGCACUGCACUGGUUCCUCAAUCAGGUCCGCAGCAAGGACCAGCACGCGAUGGGCAUGGAGACCUACAAACACCUCUUCCUGGAGAAGAUGCCGCAGCUGAAACCAGAGACCAUCAGCAUGACGGGCCUGAACCUCUUUCAGCACCUCUGUAACCUGGCCCGUCUCGCCACCAGUGCGCUGGACAACGCCUCCAGCUGCGAGCUGUGUGGGAUGGACCAGCUGUGGGGGAUCGCUCUCAGAGCUCAGUCUGCUGAUAUCAGCCGUGCUGCAAUCCAGUACAUCAACUCCUACUACAUCAAUGCCGGUAAGACGGGCCUGGAGAAGGAGCAGGAGUUUAUCAGGAAGUGCAUGGAGAGCCUUCUGAUGGCCUCAGCCAACCUGGAGAAGGACGCUCACUCCAGCCUGACCAGCAUUGAACGGGGGCUACUCAUGCUCAAAACACACCUGGAGGCCUUCAGACGCAGGUUUGCCUACCACCUGCGACAGUGGCAAAUCGAGGGGACGGGAAUCAGCAGCCACCUGAAGGCUUUGAGUGACAAACAGUCGCUGCCACUCAGGAUCGUCUGUCAGCCUGCCGGCCUGCCUGACAAGAUGACCAUUGAGAUGUAUCCCAGCGAUCAGGUGGCUGACCUGCGAGCAGAGGUGACCCACUGGUACGAGAACCUGCAGAAGGAGCAGAUGAACCAGCAGGCUCAGCUGCAGGAGUUCGGUCAGAGCGGCCGGCAGCCGGGAGACUUCCCAGGUGGUUUGAUGGGACCGGUCAGGAUGAUCUCCUCUGGCCAUGAACUGACCACAGACUACGAUGAGAAGACUCUGCAUGAGCUGGGCUUUAAAGACAUGCAGAUGGUGUUUGUCUCUUUGGGAGCUCCACGACGGGAGAGGAAGGGGGAGGGCGUCCAGCUGCCUGCCUCCUGCCUGCCUCCUCCCCAGAAGGAGCACAUUCCCAUGCUGCUGCUCCUCCAGGAGCCACACCUCACCACACUGUUUGACCUGCUGGAGAUGCUGGCCUGUUUCAAACCGCCCAGCCCCAACACUGAGAAGGUUCACGAGAGCCCAGAGAGUGCACGGUGUGAAGAGCUUCACCUUCAUGCAGAGAAUCUGUCCCGCCGGGUUUGGGAGCUGCUGAUGCUUCUUCCUACAUGUCCGAAGAUGCUGCAGGCCUUCCAGAACAUCUCAGACGACACGAACGGAGAGGGUCUGUGUUGGAAGGAGCUGCUGAGGAUUAAAAGUCCCCACAAGCUGCUGUACGCUCUGGAGAUCAUCGAAGCUCUUGGAAAACCCAAUCGACGCAUCCACAGAGAGUCGACCGGCAGCUACAGCGAUCUGUACCCAGACUCCGAUGACUCCAGUGAGGAUCAAAUAGAAAACAGCAAGAACACCUGGAGCUGCAAGUUCGUGUCAUCUGGAGGUCUGCAGCUGCUCUUAGAGAUCUUCAACUCAGGCAUUCUUGAACCCAAAGACCAGGAGUCCUGGACUGUGUGGCUGCUGGACUGCCUGGCCUGCCUGCUGAAGCUGAUCUGCCAGUUCGCUGUGGACCCUGCAGACCUGGACCUGGCCUACCACGACGUCUUCUCCUGGUCUGGCCUCGCUGACAGCCAGCGUAAACGGGCAUGGCCGGGCAAAUCCCGUAAAUCCACCGUAGACCACGGGAAAGGCCUGCACAUUCCUCGACUGACCGAGGUGUUCCUCAGUCUUGUUCAAGGCACCAACCUGAUCCAGCGUCUGAUCAACGUGGCCUACACCUACGACAACCUUGCACACAGAGUUCUUAAGGCCCAGUCUGACCACAGGUCUCGGCAUGAAGUGACUCACUACUCCAUGUGGCUGCUGGUGAGCUGGGCUCACUGCUCGUCCACGGUGAAGUCCAGUCUGGCUGACAGCGACCACCUCCACGACUGGCUGAAGAAACUCACGCUGCUGGUGCCUGAGCCGGCGGUGAGGCACGAGGCGUGUAACGGCCUCUACAAGCUCUCGCUCUCUGGCUUGGAGGGAGGAGAGUCCAUCAACAGAUCCUUCCUGCUGCUCGCUGCCUCCACGCUGCUCAAAUUCCUGCCUGAUGCACAGGCCCUCAAACCACUGAGGGUGGAGGACUAUGAAGAGGAGCCUCUGUUGAGAACGGGCUGUAAGGAGUACUUCUGGCUUCUCUGCAAACUCAUCGAUAACAUCCACGUUAAAGACGCCAGCCAGAAGGUCUCUCCCUCUCUGUCGCUGGCCGGCUCGGUGCAGACCACCCUGCUUGACCUGGACGCUCUCGCUCGACACCUCGCCGACUGCAUCAGGAGCCGUGAGAUCCUGGACCAGCAGGACGGGACUAUUGAGGACGACGGCCUGACCGGCCUCCUGCGUCUCGCCACCAGCGUUCUCAAACACAAGCCUCCGUUCAAGUUCUCUCGUGAGGGGCAGGAGUUCCUGCGGGACGUCCACAACCUCCUCUUCCUCCUCCCCAGCCUGGCAGACCGCGCUCAGCCGAAGUGCAAGUCCCACGCUGCCAGGGCCGCCGCCUACGACCUGCUGGUGGAGACCGUCAAAGGCUCAGUGGAAAACUACCGGCUGCUCCACAACUGGGUCAUGUCGCAGCACAUGCAGGCCUCUCACGCCCCGUAUAAGUGGGACUACUGGCCCCACGACGACGUCCGCGCCGAGUGCCGCUUCGUGGGUCUGACCAACCUGGGAGCGACCUGCUACUUGGCCUCCACCAUCCAGCAGCUCUACAUGAUCCCUGAGGCUCGCCAGGCUGUGUUCACCGCCAAGUAUGCAGAGGACAUCAAACACAAGACCACACUGCUGGAACUGCAGAAGAUGUUCACAUAUCUCAUGGAGAGUGAGAGGAAAGCGUACAACCCCCGGCCGUUCUGUAAAACCUACACGAUGGACAAACAGCCUCUUAACACCGGAGAGCAGAAAGACAUGACGGAGUUCUUCACGGACCUCAUCACCAAGAUCGAGGAGAUGUCCCAGGAGCUGAAAAACACAGUGAAGACUCUAUUUGGAGGCGUCAUCACCAACAACGUCGUCUCUCUGGACUGCGACCACGUCAGUCAGACCGCAGAGGAGUUUUACACGGUUAGAUGUCAAGUGGCAGAUAUGAAGAACAUCUAUGAGUCUCUGGAUGAGGUGACCAUCAAGGACACUCUGGAGGGCGACAACAUGUACACCUGCUCCCAGUGUGGCAAGAAGGUCCGCGCAGAAAAAAGAGCGUGUUUCAAGAAGCUGCCACGCAUCCUGAGCUUCAACACCAUGAGAUACACUUUCAACAUGGUGACCAUGAUGAAGGAGAAGGUCAACACUCACUUCUCCUUCCCCCUCCGCCUCGACAUGACGCCGUACACCGAGGACUUCCUGAUGGGCAAAGGAGAGCGCAAAGAGGGUUUUCGGGAAGAGGGUGAGACGAAGGUCACUGAGAGCUAUGAGUACGACCUCAUUGGCGUCACUGUGCACACGGGCACAGCAGACGGCGGCCAUUACUACAGCUUCAUCAGGGACAUCGUCAACCCACACGCCUACAAGAACAACAAGUGGUACCUGUUCAACGAUGCCGAGGUGAAGCCCUUUGACUCUGCCCAGCUGGCCUCCGAGUGCUUCGGUGGAGAGAUGACGACUAAAACCUACGACUCUGUCACUGACAAGUUUAUGGACUUCUCCUUUGAGAAGACACACAGUGCCUAUAUGCUCUUCUACAAGAGAGUGGAACUGGAGGAAGAGAAUGGGAAGGAUUUUAAUUUUGAUGUCUCUCCUGAUCUACUUGAGGUCAGCAUCGCCAUGUUCAAGAAGCUGCUCUUUGAAGAGGUGUCGGUGUGUCAGGUGUUCAAGGAGGUGACCCUCGAGCUGACGGUGGAUAAAUGCAUCCGGAUGAAGCCGCUGGACGACCUGACUCAGGUGAAGGAAAAAGACUACAGACAGAGUUACCUGUCCGAACUCUAUCUGUAG